AUGGCCUCCGCUGUUUAUCAGCAAGCCCCUCUGCUCCAAAAAGGGCCUUUAGAAAUGGGGAGUGGAGAACAAGACUACCCACCAAGAAAGUAUCCACAUCAACACACACAGACCAAGUUCAAGCUCAAAAUGCUAGCUCUUGUCAUACUAACCAACCUCCUCACAAUCUACAUCUUUACCGGCCCCCCUUUAAAUCUUCUCACCCAACACCUCUCCCUACCUCUUCCGGACACCACCACCCUCCUUCAUGAGCUCAAAAUAACUCGGAAAGAACUCACCACCAGUCGGUCCCGAGUUUCCGACUUGCUCAGGCAACUCACAUCCACCAACCAACUUGUUGAAGCACUUCUCAUUGAGCUUACUCGCCUACGUGAACCUGAAGCAGAUACAGAUCCCACUUCCUCUAGUGAAGUGAAACUUGCCAUCGGGCUUCACAAGCUCCCACUCGGGUACUCCCCCAGGAUGGGAUCUGAUGNGCUUACUCGCCUACGUGAACCUGAAGCAGAUACAGAUCCCACUUCCUCUAGUGAAGUGAAACUUGCCAUCGGGCUUCACAAGCUCCCACUCGGGUACUCCCUCAGGAUGGGAUCUGAUAAGGUCUAUCCCCCAUUUGGAGGAGGUUGUUUGAAGUUCAAAGACGAGUUAGCGCAAUACAUGACAUAUGACAUUGGAAAAGACUGUCCGAUGGAUGAUGUUUUCGCGCAAAAACUCAUGCUCAAGGGGUGUGAGCCACUCCCCAUACGGCGUUGCCACCCCAAGUCGCCUGCCGGUUAUGUGGAGCCAACUCCGCUACCCGACAGCCUCUGGGCAANGACGGCAUUGCCACCCCAAGUCGCCUGCCGGUUAUGUGGAGCCAACUCCGCUACCCGACAGCCUCUGGGCAAUGCCGCCUGA